AUGGCCUCUUCGAUGUCCCUCUAUUCCGUCAUAGGGAUUUUGAUCCUGUCCACCGACGCAAGUGCGGACUCCCACCGCUUGUUUGCGAAAUACUAUUCCGCUCCUCACCAGUCUGCUACACAGCCGACCCCUGCGCAGCCAUACGCGAGUCUGAAGGAGCAAAAAGCGUUCGAGAAGGGUCUAUUGGAGAAGACCUCGAAACAGACGUCCGAUGUGAUCCUCUACGACAACAAGGUGGUCGUGUUCAAGAACGAGAGCGACGUCAUGUUGUAUGUGCUUGGCGGCCCAGAAGAGAAUGAGAUCCUGCUCUACAAUGUUAUUCUGGCGCUGAGAGAUACGCUCAGCAUACUAUUAAAAAACUCCACGGACAAACGCACAAUCAUGGAAAACUAUGAUCUGGUCACCUUAGCGAUCGACGAGAUUGUCGACGACGGUAUCGUGUUGGAGACAGACCCCGUUAUGGUUGCUUCCAGGGUCUCGAAAGCACCGGCACAGGAUGCACCUAACAUGAAGAACCUCGACCUCAGCGAACAAGGCAUACAGAACCUGUGGGAAUUCGGAAAGAAGCAGGGUAUUGAGUUUGUGAGGAGGAAUUUAUGA